GACAGGAAGCGUCGUCAGAACAACAAGCUGGUCGUUAGAGAGAAGGAGCGACUAAGAUGUCAGAUUUGUCGCUGUAUUUAACUAAUGUCAACGUUUCCUUGGGGCAAACUAUGGAAACUGAAAAGAGUCCAGGAGGGGGGACAGACUUUGAGACAGUGGAGAUGGGUGACUCUGCAGGCAGGAAGGAGGGGGUGAAAGUUCCGCGUAAGAUCGUCUACUUUGCCAGUGGAGAGACCAUGGAGGAGUACAGCACUGAUGAAGAGGAGGAAGAAGAGGAACACGUGAAAAAAGACAUCAUUCAAGUAGAUUCGUCCAAACUGACCUGGGGGCCGUAUUUGUGGUUCCACAUGUGGAGAAUGGCCACCUCCACUAUCACAGUGUGUGACUACAUGGGAGAGAGACUGGCCUCUUUGUUCGGCAUCACCACUCCUAAAUACCAGUACGCCAUUGAUGAGUACUACCGCAUGAAGAAAGAGGAGGAGGAGGAAGAGGAGGAGGACCGUCUGGCCGAGGAGGCGGAGCGUCGGUUUGUGGAGCAGCGGAGGGGCGAGCAGGACGAUCCCUCUGCUCCUCACCCUGCUACCGUGGAGCAGCCAGAAGCAGUCGGAGCCUCCUUUGUAAACAUUAGCUUUGAGCUCCAACCAGAAUCUCCUCUCAACACUCCAGACGGCAACAAAGUCCCUUCUCCACUCCCUUCCUGAAAUCUCAGACACAAACCCUCUCAACAUUCACACAUUUCUAUCCGUUGACAAAACCUUAAUUAACUUAGUUGUAUAGAUUAACAAUAUUGUUAUUUUUCUAUAUUUUUAUUUUGUCAAAAGAGGUCUUAGUAUUCAGCGCAGGGAAAACUGAUAAGGGCUGUGCAUGUGGCUGCAUUGGCCUUACCUUUACCUGAAUGUACAUUUGUUUAUAGCGUAUAAUUAUAUGCAAGACUGACGCAUAUCAUUUAACUAAUUGUAGGACGAGGACAACAAUAACUGGACUCAACUCACUUUAAACUGACAUCUGUUGAGUCAGUUGGCUGAAUUCAUAAGCUAAGCACAAACGCUGUUGAUCCUCCUAAUCUAUAAAUAUAUAUACAUAUUUAUGCAAAGUAAGUAGUGUCAUUAAUUUAACCAGAUUUGAUAAUGGCGCUGCCUCAUCAUUUCUGCUCUCAGUCUCUUUCUGUGCUUCUUGUCUCUGAUACUGUUGUCCAGACCUGGUGUGUGCAUUUGUAAGGUAUAAAAGAUAGUUAGCAGGAAGUGAUUGACUCAGUAGUCAGAGCUAGUGUAUUGAUAGUUUACACUGGGAUUGUAUUCUCCUCUGCAGCUCAGCCUCUCAUUGCCAUACAGUCAUCUCUGUCAUUAAGAAAUAUAAAAUAAGGCCUUAAAGUUUUAAACAUUGGAAAGGGGAAUAAACUGUAUGUAUUUUUUUGUUUUUAACCAUUUUCUAAGUUGAUAAGAUCAGGUGUCUAAAACAUCUACUUAGAGAAACAACACAUGACAGAUCAGUUUUGAGUUUCAGCUUCAUCAAAUAUGAAAACUCUGCUAUCUCUGGUUUCCAAUACUCAUCACCUCCAUGCUGAUGUAUGAAUAGGUCCAAUACAUGCAGAGGCAUCUACCUUAUAUUACUGUUGCAGGGUCAGAAUAAGGGCUGGUUAAAACAAAACAAGUCACAUGAAGGUUGUUACUGAUUUAUUUUUUGUACGAAGUGCAAAUUUUCAUUUUUUCAAUUUUAAAUAAUAAAACUAGUCUGGUUUAAAUCUUUAAAAAGUC